AUGUCAUCUUCGAUCCUCCACGAAAGAAUUUUGCCUGCUCUGCCGUACGAACCUGCCUAUGUUCAGCCCGGUGAAUCUCAGCUUUUUCACAUCACCGCCGAGCAGGUCACCUAUGACCACCGACGUCAGGUCCGUGUCCAGUUGACUGCAUUUGGUAAUCAGGCCCUUCGUGGGCUCUGCCAUUAUCCCUGCCAACGUAUGUACUGGCGAGAGGAAUCGUAUGAGUUAUGGUUGAAUACUAUGGGUUUCAACCAUACAAUUGAUACCUCCUAUCUGUUCAGCAUGGCCGAAGUUGGUGGUUGUUAUCUUUUUGAUCUUGGACCGGGCUAA